CGUGGCGGGGAGGCGGGAUCGAUCCGUCCCGGUAAUUAGGAGAAGCGCGAAGUGGCUCGAUCGAGCAGAGCCCCUUCCACCGUCGUUAUGUCCCAUUUGGUGGUCCUGCGUGGUCCUUCGCCGUGGGGUUUUCGCUUGGUGGGCGGGAAAGAUUUCAGUGCUCCGCUGACCAUCUCCAGGAUUAACCCUGGCAGUAAAGCAGCCAUGGCAAACCUGUGCCCAGGAGAUAUUAUUCUGGCAAUUAAUGGAGAGAGCACAGAGAACAUGACACACCUAGAAGCACAAAACAAGAUCAAAGCAUGCAUGGACCAGCUACUGCUCUCUGUGAACAGAGCCGAAGGGAAGACCUGGUCCCCCCCUGUUCUGGAAGAUGGCAAGGCUCAAGCGUACCGGAUCAACAUAGAGCCAGAACCGCAGGACAACGGGCCUGCCCAGAGCAGGAGGCCGAUGAUGCCCCACGGGGCCGGGGGCAGCCCCAUGGACAACAAGCAGAUGCCGAACGUGCAGCACCAUCACCCGACCCGGCUCUACGCCAACAGCGGCUCCGAGGCGGCUCUGCCGGGCCAGCUGAGCGGGCUCCACAUCGCUCCUGCCCAGAGCCUCGACCCCUUGAAGUCUCUCCCACGGAACAGAAAUGGGAUCGACGUGGAGUCGGAUGUCUACAAGAUGCUUCAGGAUUACGAAAAGCCCGUAUCGGAGCCUAAGCAGUCUGGAUCUUUCCGAUACUUGCAGGGCAUGUUGGAGGCGGGCGAGAACGGUGAAAAACUCGACAAACUCGGCAACCCCCGAAACAUCAAGUCCCCGGUGUCAAAGCUUGGCGGUGCCAUGUCUGGGCUGCAGAUGCUCCCCGAGUGCACCCGCUGCGGGAACGGCAUCGUGGGCACGAUCGUCAAAGCUCGGGACAAGCUCUACCACCCCGAGUGCUUCAUGUGCGACGACUGUGGCCUCAACCUGAAGCAGCGAGGGUAUUUCUUCAUCGAAGAGCAGCUGUACUGCGAGACGCACGCGAAGGAGAGGGUUAAGCCCCCCGAGGGAUAUGACGUGGUGGCUGUUUAUCCAAACGCUAAAGUUGAACUUGUCUAAACCCAGGCUGUGCUCUGGAGAGGUCGGGCGGCCGCGCGCCCACCCACGUCCUCCCCGCCGGCUGCACAAUGUGGCUGUAAUCAACCCCGAUUACCAAAGCCCAAGUUAAAAUGCCUUUUCCUAGAUAAAACCGUUUACACUUGGGAUCUCCGGGGGAUGGUGUUGAAAGCAUACAAACAGGUUUUUCCCUUCUUUUUGACACUCUGCUUUUUGGGUUGCUGUGUUGGGUUAUUAGUCUGUGCCAUAACCUUAUCCAAGAUCUGUGUAAAUAUUGAUUAAUUCUCUGCUCUGUUUCAUAUAAAACCAGUAUUCCUUUUUAUUGCCCCCCUCUGCUGAAAAAGUGAGGAAGAUGUUUUAAAAGCUCAAAGAAAAUAAGGCACUUUAACAAAAGAAGCUGAAUCCUAUAUCCUGACCUUAAUAUCCUGCCCUCCGGCUGCCCCGGUGAUUAAAAACCGACCCCCUGAGGAGUCUGGGACGUGGUACCGGUGGGUUGGGGUCCCCGGCUCAGCCUCAUCCCCGCAGAUGUGCCAAGGAAGGGCAGUCUCUUAAAACAGUAUUUGCUGUGAAAUUCCCUGGGUCAGGGCACUGCAGUUUGAGGCUGACACAGACCGAUCCAAGUUCCCCGAGAGAUCUCCACACUGAGCGUGCGAUGAAGCUUUUUUCGUCCUUCCUCCACUCUUAUUCAGUUGUUCUCUGUCAUCUAAUCAUCCGAACACACCUUUAAAGGACACUGAAAUAGCACAGAGCCCACCUUGGCUAUUCCCACCUCCCAUGCUCCUGCCCCCCAGCUGUCCUUGCUUUGGCUCUUCUGGCUCUUGUUCCCCAGCUUUUGCUGUAUUUUUGUAGUCCUUUAUUUCUCGAUCCCCAGAUUGCUGCCAUCUGGGUCUGCCUCCCAGCAGGGAAGCGGUGAUGAAAUCCCUCCAGGCACUUAGGAAGUAACCGGAGUGGGGGUGAGCCCCGAGUCCAGAGGCAGUGGGUUUGGAUUUAUACCUGUAUCCCAAGGCUGCGCUUUCAGCCAGGUCCAUCAUCCACUUUAUUUGAUGGGGAGGAGGUUUUGAGGAUCUUGGGAUGUCGCUUUGUUGGAGAAGUGGGGUUUUUUUUCAUGUUAGUGUUUGGAGGGGAGAGAGAAACAGAGUUUACUCACGCAGCUGCUGGAUGCCACUGCGCGUGGUGGUAGGGGCCGUGUGUUUGGUACCACGAGGUUACUUCUGCUUUGCGACAGCCUCCUUCCUCCUCCUCACCUGAGAGAGGGAGGACGUGGGGGAGAAAAAGAAACAUCUAUGCUUGCUUCCCUUCCGUGGAGAAGGAAAGUAAGAGAUGGGGUGAUGGCCAAAGCACUCCUUCCCCUUCUGGCUCUCCAUAACAGGGGUCUGAGAAAUCUGGGACUGGAGGAGGGUCGGGAACAUUAUCCUGGUUGGGGCUGAGCACGCAAUUUCUUCCUACAGGUUCUGCACCCCAAAAGGGAGUAAGGAUUUUAGGGUGUUACUGGGCUACAUCUAGACCUCUUCAUGCAGUGCCUUACAGGGACUGGAGCAGCUCCUGCCCUGUGCCCAGCAGGAUUGGGCUGACUGUGCAUGUUCCUGCUGGUAGCAGAACAUCCACCUCCCCCUCCUUCUGCCAUCAGGAUUUGUAAUUAUUAAAGUACGAGUAACACAUGGAAACUUUUA